CUCUUUUAAAUAAUGGUUAUAGUGAAAUAUCUGAGCAAGCCGAAAAAACUAUUGAAGCAUUUGGCGAUUUUACAUUAGCAAGCAACUAUUCAUCAUUUAAUACAACUGAAGAAUUUUCAGCAAACGACUUACCCGAAUUUCCACAAAAUGCACUAACUGAAUCUCCACAAAAUGCACUAACUGAAUCUUCACAAUAUGCACUAACUGAAUCUCCACAAAAUGCACUAACUGAAUCUCCACAAAAUGCACUAACUGAAUCUCCACGAAUUGCACUAAGUGAACUCAAUCAGAAUGUGCAAAAAGAAAGCCGAACGAAUCUGCAAAGCCAAACUCAAAACCUAAAGCAAACUGAAAAUCAAAUUUCUAAAGAGAUUGGGGGCCAAAACCGUGAAAUGAAUAAGGAAGCAUUGGAAAAAAUUCUUACCGGGAACGUUUUUCAUAAUUGCACUUUCAAUUUCGGGUCACUAUGA